UCUUCUUCCUCUUCUCUUCCUCCUCGCCUUCACCUCCCUCUCCCCUCUCCAUCAACCAACUCCUUCAUUCGACAUGUUCGCCGCCACACGCGCCGCUGUUGCCCUCCAGGGCGUCAAGUCCCUCUCUGCCAAGACCGCCGUGCGCACCAUGGCUUCCCAGGCUGCUAGCACCAUGCCCGGCGCCUUCAACUCCAAGAAGAACGCCAACGGUAACUACACUGUCACCCUGAUCCCCGGUGACGGUAUCGGCCCCGAAAUCUCUGAGUCUGUUGUCAAGAUCUACAAGGCCGCUGGUGUCCCCAUCGAGUGGGAGCCCGUCAGCGUCACCCCUGUUCUCAAGAACGGCAAGGUCGCCAUCCCUGAUGAGGCCCUUCACUCGGUCAAGAAGAACACUGUCGCUCUUAAGGGACCAUUGGCUACCCCUAUCGGAAAGGGUCACGUUUCCCUGAACCUGACUCUCCGUCGUACUUUCAACUUGUACGCCAACGUCCGCCCCUGCAAGUCUGUCGUUGGUUACAAGACCCUCUACGACAACGUCGACACUGUCCUCAUCCGUGAGAACACUGAGGGUGAAUACUCUGGCAUUGAACACGAGGUCGUUGACGGUGUUGUUCAGUCGAUCAAGUUAAUCACCAAGGAUGCCUCCAACCGCUGUGCCCGCUAUGCCUUCAACUAUGCCAAGGAGACUGGCCGCAACCGCGUCACCGCCGUCCACAAGGCCAACAUUAUGAAGUUGUCCGAUGGUCUCUUCUUGGCCUCUUGCCAGGAGGUCGCCCGCGAGUUCCCCGAAGUCAAGUUCGAUGACUUGAUGUUGGAUCGUGCUUGCUUGCAGAUCGUUCAGGAUCCUAGCGUCUUUGCCGACACUGUCAUGGUCAUGCCCAACUUGUACGGAGAUAUUCUUUCCGAUAUGAGCGCUGGUCUCAUUGGAGGUCUCGGCUUGACCCCCUCUGGAAACAUUGGUCGCGAUGCCUCGAUCUUUGAGGCCGUCCACGGUACUGCCCCCGAUAUCGCUGGCCAGGACAAGGCCAACCCCACCGCUCUUCUGUUCUCGUCGGUCCUCAUGUUGAGACAUAUGGGCCUGAACCAGUAUGCUGACCAGAUUGAGAGAGCCACCUUGAAGGUCAUCGCUGACGGCAAGGUUCUGACUGGCGAUCUUGGCGGACGCUCCACCAAUACCGAGUUCACCAACGCCAUCAUCAGCGAGCUUUAAAUACUUGACAGUCGCAUCAGAUCGAAUCGUGCGAAAGAGAACUGGCAAAGGAACAGGCACCCCCAGGCUGUUCGAUUGCAUAACCAGCAUAAUUAUCUCCUCCCUCCCCUCCCCCUUCACAUUGUCAUUUUGUUCAUGUUCAUUUUCUAUUGCUUUUAAAAUAAAAUACCAAGUUUAACAACGCAGAACAAG